AUGAGUGAAGCCUCAGUGAUAGUCCAUCCAUUGGUAUUGCUUUCUGCAGUUGAUCACUACAAGAGAAAAGGAACCAAGAGAGUUGCUGGGAUAUUACUCGGGAACGAAGAUGGAGAGAUCCAUAUCACAGAAAGCUUUGCUUGUAUAUUUGAAGAGGACGAGGAUGGAUGGUUUAUAGACACCUCAUACAUAAGGAGCAUGUUUGAACUAUUCUAUAAGGUUAACCACAAGCUUAAGAUAAUGGGAUGGUAUCAUACUGGGCCAAGAAUGUAUGAGAAUGAUCUGGACAUAACGAGGUCUCUAUCCAAGUUCGUUGAAAGUCCAUUUCUUACUAUCAUCAACGUUCACCUUGGGGAAAACGACCUUCCUAUCCAGGCAUUCAAGUUAGAUGAGCAGGAUGAGUUUAUACAUGUAGGGUGCAGUAUAGAAGCUGAAGAAGCUGAAGAGGUUGGUGUUGAGCACCUUAUAAGGGAUAUAAGGGAAGAGGCAAGCGGAUCGAUUGCAGCUAAAAUCAACGGGAUAAAAGAAUCACUAUUGGUCUAUAAGGGAGUUCUCGGUGAGAUAAGAUCUUAUCUUGAAGAUGUAAUAAAAGGGCACAUUAGCCCGAGUCAAGAGAUCAUUGAUCUCUGCCAAGAAAUCAUCAAUUCAAUUCCAAAGCUGGAAAAGCCUCUUGACGAGAAUCUUUCCGAUUGCUAUGUCUCUGCGCUUGCGAAGACUGUGAUUGCACUUAAUGAUCUAAGGAGGAAUAGGCUUGAAAACGGAAUCGAGAUGAAUACACCGUAA